UUAAAACAUCUCCAUCUUUGAAUGGUGUUUGUCUCCAUGUUUUCUGCCAGGAUGGAUGAUGAACUCCAACUGCAUCCGAACUACGUGUCUUACAUGGUCCCAUGCAAAACCAGCCCAAUGCUUAUGGUUCGUACGAAGUCCACUUGUUAACGCUUGUAUGAAAAAGGAAAAAAAUUAAUUAAUACUCUAUUCACAGGUAUGGUACAUCAUCAUACCCAUUAAUGCCAGUUAUGUUCUGGUCCCAUCGAGAAGGGAGGCAAGCACAAGAAAAGCAGAGGGGAAACUGUUUCGAGGAAAGAAAUCUUCCAAUCUUGCUUCGGCCUGAGAUCUCUCGCUCUUCUAAUCUUUAGCCUCCCCUGGAGAUCUAGGGUUGGAUUUUCACCCCUCUGCUAUUCUUUCCUCUGUCCCCUUCUUCCAACAAGAGAUCUAGGGUUAAGGUUUUGGCCCGCCCUCCACCGCCGAGAUGUCCUCCACCUCCUGGCGCGACGGGUACGGGACCAUCCCCACCACCCCGGAGGCCGCGGUGGCCUCCACCUCCCGCGCCGCCGAGCUGUUCUACCGGGCCAAGGAGCGGGGUGGGGCCUUCUUCGCCACCCGCCGGCCGUGGCGCGAGCUCGCGGAUCCUACCGCCUUCGGCCGCCCCUACAGCUACGGCGAGGCCAUGACCCGUGUCCGCCGCAACCUCGCCUAUUUCCGCGUCAAUUACGCCCUCGUCGUCCUCUUCAUCCUCUUCUGCAGCCUUCUCUGGCACCCCGUCUCCAUGAUUGUCUUCCUCAUCGUCUUCGUCGCCUGGUUCUUUCUCUACUUUUUCCGCGAUGAGCCCAUCGUGUUCUUCGGGCGUGAGAUCGAUGACCGCUUGGUCCUCUUCGUCCUCUCCGCUGUCACCGUUGUCGCCCUCGUGUUCACCCAUGUCGGAUUGAAUGUCCUGGUCUCGCUGAUCAUCGGGUUCGUGCUCGUGGGGUUGCAUGCCGCGUUUAGGGUUACCGAGGACCUCUAUCUCGACGAGCAAGAAGCUGCCGGAGGGGGAUUGCUCUCGGUUGUCGGCAGCCCGAUGAGCCGUGCCUACGGCCGAGUGUGAUUCUUGUUUCUGAUGGCUUCUUGGGAUUGUGGAUUUGGAUUUGUGUUGCUGACUAGAGGUCUAGCCGCUGGUUUUUGAAGCAAGUUUUGCUGCUUGUGUUUUGAAGAAUACUGACUCUACCGAUCGUCAUGCCAUUGCGGGGUAAGAGAUUGUGGUAACUUGCAUUACAUGAAGGUUGUGAUUUGCUUCUCUUCGAUAUUUUGGCUCUUGAUUCCUGUUAUCUUUUUAGAUGUCUUUGUAAAUGCUUUAAUAUUUUGUGAGAAACAAGAUUGAAUUUGAGGCACCAUGAUUUUGUUUUUGAGGCCCCCCCGCCCCAACAAGAAACAGAAGAAGUUUGAGUCAUCUAUUUCUCAUGAGCUACUUUCGCGCCA